CCAGCGACUAGCUUGAUUCUGUGCACAAGAGAAAUCUGCAGAGGAAGCCACAAACACACAUACACACAUAGAAAUAUAUAGUUAUAUAUAUAUAUAUAUAUAUAAGUAUAUAUACAUAUAUAAACAUAUAUAAACACAUCGCUUAAAGUAAUAAGGUGUGAAGAUAACAGGUGCGUGAUGAAAACUAUCAUUGCUUUCUGUUUCUGCUUUUGCGUACUCAUUUCAUACGCCUUGUCGUAUAACGAAGAUGAUCUUAUCGCCGAUGACUUGUUACAAGGUGACUACGAAGGUUUGGAUAAAAGGGAUUCUUCUGAUGUAGAUCGUCGUGCUGUUCGUUAUGAUAAAUUGAGCCGAUUUUUACGAAUCAAUAACCGAGGAAAAAGUAAGUCACACAAGAACAGCUGCUCAAAAUGGCAAAUGGCGUGCACGACCAGCUCGAAGAGACCAGACGCUCGUUGCUGUUCAGGCCUUGUCUGUAAAUGUAACAUCUGGGGAGCGAACUGCCGGUGUGAUGAUACUCUUGGAUAGAUUUUCAUUCGUCAACUUGUUGUCACGUGAUAAGAAGUCUGCUGCGGCAAACGAUGAUACAAUAUCAGAACAGUUUAGUUUACUUGAAAAGACAAGUCUUCUUCAGUAACGCUCAAACAAACAAAACAAAAAACCCCAAAACAUGCAUAUCAAAAUACAAUAACAACAAUAGUAAAAACUAGUAAUAUUUCUUUUACUUCUACUAAUACAACAACUACUAAUGCUACUACAUUUAUUAAUACUAACACGAAUUAUCAAUUCAAACACUCGUCACCAACAACAUCAAUAAACAUAAACAAACAUCACAUACAUGCCGGCAGCAUUUUGUGUUAUUUUUAAUUUCGGAUGGAAGUAAAAAAUCAUUUGUUGAAGAAGAGAAAGCAAGUAGAGGAAGAGGAAGAGGAAGACUGUUAAUUGUUUAAUUAUCCUAAUUUAGAAUAAAGCAAAUUUAUGGUUGUUAUUAAUCCUUCAAAUUCUACUAGAGUCAUAAAUAAAGAAUUACAUCAAUCCAUAAAAAAA